CCUCACGCACUCGCUGGCCAUCAAUAUCGCGUCCCGUACGUCAAUAUUCUCAGUUGUUUCCGAUUCAAAUCCGGUGGCAGAUCAAAUACUUUUCCCGCUCUUUUCCUCCCGUUUACAAUCUUCGAUUUCAGCUCUAAAUGGAAGGAGCCUCUGCGUCCAAUUCUGGUGCUGACAUGGAACUAGUUUUCAGCGAUUUCAGGGCUCGCAGACACGGUCUGAUUAAGGCCCUCACAGAGGAUUUUGAUGAGUUCUAUCGCCGGUGUGAUCCCAGUAAACGUGGUGAUUCGGAGGAGGAAGAGUUUCUUUGCCUAUAUGGAUAUCCCGAUGGGCAGUGGAUGGUGGAACCGCCGAUGGAGGAUGUUCCUACAGACCUUCCGGAGCCUGUAUUGGGUAUAAACUUAGCCAGAGAUAUGAUGCCCAAAGAGGAAUGGCUAUCCUGGGUCGCUGCCCACAGCGAUACUUGGUUACUCUCUGUGGCUUUCUUCAUAGGCGCUCGCUUUGGAUUUCGUCAGGCUCAAAGGCAGCAGCUGCAUGAUAUGAUUGAGGAGCUUCCAACAGUAUCUGAGGUUGUCGUAGCUGAGAUAAAUAAGAAGAGGCAGCAGCAACGAAAACGAAAGAGAACUUCAUCAUCAGCUUCCAUGCAAGAAUCUUAUAAUGAGCGAGGAAGAAGUAAAAAUAUGGAGACAGAGACUUCGAAAGAAAUGAUGAAAGCAGAGGAGGAGGAUGAGAUAAAAGUGGAGUGGGUGCGUUGUUGGAGGUGUCACAGGCACUUCCAUAGACAGUGUGUCCGCGAUUUUUCUGCUAAGCCGCGCAUUGACAUUAACAACUUUCUAUGUACCAUCUGUCAUUUGCCGUAUGAUACCCUCUGUCGUGUGCCGUAUAAGUGAUCGAUACGUACCCCUCCCAAACACAAAGCUUCUUGUUGCGCACAGUGCCUACUUUUCCAUCCUCGUUAUUUUGGACACUGGUUUAGUUGUCGUUGGGUCCGGUUUCUCUGCAAUGUCCUUUUCGUUCCGACAGUUGAAACGAUGUCGUUUUGUUAGCGGAUGCUA